UUUUUUUGAAGAAACCAUCUUUCCCCUUUCUCUGCUCUAGUUUUAUUUCUUCUUCCACUCAUUCUAUUUUUUUUUUUUUCAUUGUUUUUUUCGUCUUGUCUUAAUCUGUAUCUUUACCUGAACUUCACUAGUUUCCGGUGCAGAACUUAAUAAUGUCCUCAGAAGAUGCACUGAAAGCAAGACUACAAGCAUAUGAACAUAGAGAAUCACAAUGGAAACAACAAUUGGAGAAGGCUCAGUUAGAACAUACACAAGUUUUGAACUUGCAACAAAAACUUACACAAGCUGGAACUCAUCUCAAAACAUUGGCGACUGAUAAUGCCCAUUUACAGCAACAACUCAAAGAACACACAUCUUUAUCAGGGGAAACGGAGAAACGACUCAAGUCUGAACGUGACCUUUUAGCAGCACAACUAGAGCAACAACAAAGAACGAGUCAUUCCACCAUUGAGCUCUUAUUACAGAACCUCACUAUCAAUGACAAUAAUAAUGAUGACUCUACACCAUCAUCUCUCCCUGAUGUCUUUGACCAGCAACAAGUAAAACAGUACAUUGAACAAUGGGUUUCCAAUUCAAGUAAGCAAUCAAGGGAAAAAGAUACCAUUAUCAGUACUCUAAGAUCUGAAAUAGGCCAAUUACAAGCAAAACUCGAAGAAAUGGUAAAGUCAACACGCGUAUCAUCACCUGUACUACCUGUUUCUUCCAUAUCAACUCAAACAAGUCCAUCCGCUAGUUCAAAUGAACAUAUAUCCGUUGAUUAUUUGGAACAAAAUAUUAAAGGGUUGAUAAACGAUACAGAAAGCUACAGCAUAGACGCUAACUCCAUACCGCCACAACUUUUAGCGACAUUAGAACAUUUACGAACGCAUUUACAAACUCUUGUCGAUACUCAACAGGCCAAUGCUCUUCAGACUGCUGAUGAAUCAAAAGAAUUAAAACGUCAAAUCACGCAGCUUCAGAUGAAUGUGAACGAAUUGUCAGAAGAAAAAGAACAAUGGCUUUCAGAUAAAGAAGACUUGGAAACUCAACUGGAAAACAACCGCGGAAAGGAUCACGACAUACAAUUAAAACUGGAGCAAGCCACGAAAGAAAACCGACAACAUCAAGAACAAUUGGAUCAACUUCGUCUCGAUCACCGUUUGCUUUUGGACAAGACCAAGGAGUAUGAAGAAAAGCUAGCAUCCUCCUCUAUAGCGUCAACUUCAGCGACUGCAGAAGUUCAAAAAUACCAAGAAGAGUUGGCAAAAGCACAAGCAGAACGACAAUCAUUGUUGGAUAAGAUCAAGGAGCUUGAGGAGAAAUUAGGUACAUCGGAAAAAGCACGUCAACAAUCGCAAGAACAGGUGGAACGUUUACAACAGGAACAUCAAGCUCUUUUGGACAAAAUUUCACAUAUCAAGGAUACAUUGGCACCAAGAUUAGAGGCUGAUAAACAACUACGUGUCAAGGUAACAGAAUUGACAGCAGAAUUGGAUCAAACUAAACAACAUUUGGAAGAAAUGCGGUCUACCAUGGUAGCAAGGGAUGAAGAAUCUAGUCGACAAUUAGAAAACAAAGAGCGACAUCUAUACCAACUACAGGUACGAUUUGAAAAGCUACAAGCGGAAAAAGAAGAGCUAGAUAUAUCGACUAUGCAAUUGGAUGCUCGAUGUCAUCAACUGGAGGAUCAAAAGUCUGCUGUUAUGGCCGAAUUAGAUCGAAUCAAAAAGCAAAUGGCGGAUGAAUUGCAUUCCAGUGCAUCAGAACGUGCUAGUUUAGAAAACUUACAAUCCGUAUUAGAAGAAUUCCAAACAAUCAAAGAUGCUGAAAUCCGAGCUGCUGUAGAACAUAUUGAACGUCAAUUAGAAGUAGCCAAGAAAUCAUGGAUGGAAUAUGAAGAAAGAGCUAGAUUGGCGGAGACGGCUCUGGAACAAUAUCAACAUGACGAAGCCAAAACCCCUCAAUAUGAACGUGAAAUCAAGGAAAAGAACUUGUUGAUUGGGAAAUUACGACAUGAAGCGAUUAUUUUGAAUGAACACUUGGUAGAAGCUAUGCGCAGAUUGAAAGAAGAGUCCAAUGAAAGCAAUGUUGAUCGGCAAUUGAUUACCAAUCUAAUAGUAGGAUUCUUUUCAGCACCACGAGGUGACAGGAAACGAUUUGAUAUUUUAACCAUUAUCGCCAGUGUAUUACAAUUGACGGAUGAACAGAAAGAACAAGUCGGAUUGAUUAGGAUGAAAAACAAUAAUGGCCAACAAUCCAAUUCGCCUGCUUCAAACACUGGUUGGCAAAGUCCUCGUCAACAACAAGAUACUGAACCCAAAGAAUCAUUUACAGAUGCUUGGAUAUCGUUCUUACUCAAGGAAUCAAAUAAACGAAAACCUAAUGCACCUUCUUCUCCAUCCCCUUCUUCUCCACCUUCUGAUCAACAUGACAUAUAGUUAGAUAUUGCACUCGCGUACAUACACAAACAAGCACACACAUGUAUUAUACUUUUUUUUUUUUUUUACGAAAUGAAAUAGAACACUUCCAGUUUAUCCUUUUGAUCUUUUUUCUUCGAAUCAUACUACCA